AUGUCGCUAAACAUUGAUUUAAUGAUGUUGCAUGUUUGGGGGACGAAGUUGGUAUCUUAUUCUGAUUUAGCUGUACUCAAGAAACUUGAUCCAACAGAAUUGUCUUGCACAAAAGGCAUAAAAGACAAGGCACCGGCAGCAUUAUAUUCCUUAGCAGCGCGUUUAAAUCUUAAUUUCACAAAUCAAGAUUUGCUUUUGCAAGCCGUCACUCAUAAAAAUUUCUAUGAAGAUGAUUCAUUAACGAACGAAGGCUUGCAGUUUACAGAUGAAGAAUUAUUCCUUCAAGAUAAAGAUAUUCCAAGUAAAAAAAAAUUUGGUGGUAAGUCUAAAGAACCUGUACAAAGGAUUACACAAGGCACCGCAAUAUCUCAUGCACUUAAGGCUAUUGUCGGCGCCUUAUAUAUGGACAAAGGUCCGCACUCAGCACGACAAUUUAUUCACGACCAUAUAUUAUCUAGAGAUGUUAAUAUGCAAGAUGCUAUUGAAAUUAAGGAACCAAAAAGAGAAUUAUUAAAGUCUGAAACUGGUCGAUUAUCAUAUGCGCCUGCAUUUGUUGUUGGUGUAUAUUCGGAUACAGAACAAUUAGGUGAGGGAUUUGGAAGUAGUAUUAAGAUGGCGGAAUUCAGGUAUUAUCUAAAAGAGGCCAGAGACUUUACUUUACCGUCCAUAGUUGAUUCGCAUGAAAAGCAGGCCACAUAUAUACCAACAAAAGUCGGAGAUACACCUCCGAGACUUUGA